AUGUCUGGACUGGUUGCAUAUGCGAGCAGCGAUGACGAAGAUGGAACCCCAGUGAUACAGGUGACAAAGACACUCCUCGCGAUGGCAAAAUCAUCACGCAAAGUUGAAGAAAAACCACUAGCUGGUCCUGCACCUGGACCCUCAGCCGCUCCAGGCCCAUCUCUCCCCCCAGCAGACGACCCAUCACCUCCGGAACCGACCAUUGACAUGUCACAAGCGCCUGGCUCACCAUAUACCACCAGUCGCACAAUCAUCCAUGACCUCACCCUCCCAUCCAUACCCAAUGUCGACAUCCAAGCGUCGCCACCAGGCUCACCGCCCCCUGGCGCGAACAAAAAAUUUGAGCAGUUCAUCCUGUUGAAGAAGCAGGGUGUGCACUUCAACGCGAAGCUGGAGAACUCUGAGGCGUUGAGGAACCCAAGCUUGAUGGACAAGCUGCUGGGCUUCGUCGGGGUGGAGGGAAAGGAGCAGUACGAGACGACGUUGCGUGAUGGGUGGUGGGACCCCAAGGCAUUUCCCCGGGAAGCCUACAGGCGCACGCUCCGGAAGAACCAAGAGAAGAUCACGAGGGAGCGCGAGGCAGACAAAGCGGCAGGGAAUAGGACGAGCGUCGAUUUUGUGCCCUCGACAACCACGGGGGGCAAUACCUCGACAACCACGGAGGGCCAUACCUCCAACGUGGGCGGGAUCACGACAAAGGGCGCAGGUCGGAAACGUGGGUGGGAUUGAUGUGCAUACCCAGGUAAGAAGAAUGAAAGUUUGUUCGAGGUGAAGAUCAUUAAGAGUAUAUUCCAGCAGUCCAUCAACAGAUUUGUACAUGCCGCAAGCUUGACGAGGUAUCAUGGUCCCCAACGAGAAGUGAGGGAGGAAAAUUCAAACACCCACAACACCCAGUUCCCCCCGUCCAUCCGUCCGUCCGUCCGUCCGUCUCUCAUCAGGCCCCCUAAUCCGCGCAGCCAAUCUUGGCGCCGAGGCUCUUCUCGAUAAUGGCACCAAUGUUGAUGUCGACAGUCUGGUUGGCCACAGCGAGACCCUUGGCAAAGUACUCAAUGUCUUUUCCGUCGCGCGUGACGUUCUCGGCGAGCAGCUUGAAGGGGAUGAUGCCGUCCUUGCAGUA